AACAGCUUCAGAAAUAUGACCAGUUUGGCAUACUUCUUCCGUUUUUCGGGCUCUGUCAUAAUCAAUAUUUGGUGGCAGGUUUUACUAUUAACUUGCUACACCGCUGUCCUUUGUAUCAUUGACGGAGGCAGUUUUGUAGAAUUUCAUGUUCGCAUAGAAUUUCCACAGACGCUAAUUCCAGUUUUGGGCGUGGUGACCGGAUUGCUGCUAGUUUUUAGGACAAAUUCUGCCUACGACAGAUAUUGGGAAGGUCGCAAAAUAUGGGGCAGCAUGACACUAUCCGUAAGAACCUUAACCAGAAUAAUUUGGCUAAUGGUGGAACACGAUGACUCGAUCGGAUCAAUUGAAUCCUGUCUGGAGAAAGUGUCCGCAGUCCGGCUCCUACUCGUGUUUUGUGUAACAGUGAAAAAUCUAUUGCAACAUAAGGAAACUUCGGAAAGCGAAUUGGAACAACUUCUCCGUGAUAAAAAUUGCUGGAAUAUCAAGCAUACGAUUUUGCUUGCUAAUCAAAAUUUAGACAUGAAAACGAAUGGUCUCUACUGGAGUAGGCCAACAUCGAAAGAAUUAGCGAAUAAACCCAACAUCCCCCUCGAGCUGACUUACCAUCUGACCCUUUACGUAAAAUCCAUCCUGAAGCGAGGACUAAUUGAUUCUGUAAUCCAUGGAGGAAUGAAUAAUAAUAUUGUCGCGUUGGUCGAAUCCCUCACAGGAUUGGAACGUAUCUUACGAACUCCGAUACCAAUCGCGUAUUCCAUCCAUUUAGUUCAAACCCUUUGGAUUUACUUGUUCGCCCUUCCAUACCAGAUGAUUGGAAGUAUUGGUUGGUUUGCCGUCCCUGCCGUGGGAAUAGCGUCAUUCGCCUUGCUUGGGAUUCUCGCGAUUGGGGCGGAGGUUGAAGAUCCGUUUGGCAGUGAUACGGAGUGGGGGACGGAAAAUGAUCUGCCACUUAACCAAUUCUGCGAGGAGAUUAAGGCCGAAAUUGAAAAUCUUCUGACCAAUCCUUUCCUCAGUUUUGACUGCAGUGAGGAUAAAAUCGUAGAGACUAAAGACUGCGAUGAUGAAUCGAUACAUGAAAAUGUAAAUGGGGAGAAUACAAUGUCACAGAGGAGAAGGUCCUAUCCACGUGGUAAUGAAUCUGUCAUCGAAAUAAUAGGAGGAAAUCGGUAUGAUGGCAAUUACGGUGAUGGCGACGGUACCGGUGGGUUGUUACAGAGUUGGUGCUAAAUACUCAUAAGUACAGAUAAAUUGUGCAUUAAUUGUAGUCAUUUAUUUAUCAGUUUUUAACCCGGCUGAGGUGAUACAGAAAUAAACUGCUUUUGGGAA